AUGGAGAAUCGCGCAAAAUUUGGCGAUUCAGAGUCCAGAAAACGCAAGACAGUAGUGCCAGAGGGUCAAUCGCUCAAAAGGCUCCAGCAACUCAACCGCAAGUACCAGCGCGGGGGAACAAACGCAACGACAAUGCACGGAAACCGGGAAUUAAAGCUUACUUUCGUUUGCGCUGUAAUCGAAUUGGUUUUUCGGAACGAUGCUCAACCUAUCAACUGGAUUGGGUUUCGAAGGUCGGCGAGAUCUCAGGGAAUGAAAGGCGAGGUGUAG